UCAACCAAAAGAGUAAUGUAUCUAGCCAGUUUGUUGUCAUUGCUGUUUGGGGUCGUUUGGGUCGGCGCAAUGGGCUCCGAGAGCGUGGAGCUGCGGACUCAACUUCUGACGGCCAUCUACGAGACAGUCAAGGACCGUCAGCUCCAGGAAGGAGAGCUCAAUCUCUCAGAAACGAGAGCGCCGGAUUCGCAACCUCCAUCCGCAGCUUCGCAGAGAAAGAUGCUCCUACCAUUAGAGACGGAAAUAGAGUUGCUACGUUCGACCUCUCGAUGCUGUCAGAGCCAAAGUCAUCCCAGGUCCUAAUGCAGCUCGCUCUCAAGGUCCCAACUCUGGAAUACUUUGGCUGCGUCAGGUACCUUCACCUGAGCAGUGACUGCAUGAACAGUCUCGGAGACGCAGCAGGCAAUAGCGACACACACACUGCUGGACGAGGAGAGGGAGAGCGAGUGGCUGCAAGUCACAAUAGACUGCAACAACUGCAACUGGGAACUGAUGCAGGAGGUUCACCUGGUUCUUCAGCUGAGGGACGAUAACGAUGCCGUUGUAGCCUUCACAGACGAAACUGCUGCAGACCUAAAGUCUUUCCUCAUUUUGUUCACCCAGAAAUCUAUGUUCCCCCUAGAAAACAUCAGAGAGGCAGUUCGGCGACGAAAGAGGCAAGCGGAAAACACCCCCCAAACUCCGCUGCCGUCUCAAACAACACCAGUUGCCAUACAGAACCGCACUACACUAGCUGAGGUCUUGGAGAGAAAUGAGACCUGCUCGAGGCAUGUGGUGUUCUUGACAACAGCAGAGCUGAGUUACGAUGGCAAUGUGGUUGCUCCCACUCCCGGUGCCAUCAAACUGACCUACUGCCUUGGGAAGUGCAGUUUCGACCACAGACUUCCAACUAAUAGCAGCACCCCCACAGACCACCGUACACAGCUCCUCAUCCAUCAGUUGCUCAACAACUUACAAGCGAAGCUCCAC